UUUACACUGGAAAUGGGUGAGUCUCUGCGGAGCGUCGCUCAGUUGAAAUGCAUUUUAAACAGCCUGCGGGUCUGACUCACGCAGCUACACGCCGUCCGCGUGUUCCGUCCCGCAGAAGUCGCGGUGUUUGCGUGAGCUGCGCGUUUAAGCGUUAAGAAGAGCCGGAGCGGAAGAGCCAGGCCCGGCGGGCAGCCGCGUCCCCCUUUCCGCUGAGCGGAGACGCGCUUUGAGCACCACAACCCGAACAGCUGAAAGAAGUUUCUCCGCCAGGAGUCCUCCAGCGGCACGGCGGUCCGGGGGACGGUCAACUGCAUCCGGAGGAUGACUUCCAGGAGGACGGGCUAUGGCGGCAGCAUGGACUCCUCUCCGGCCAACACCGGGAACCGUAAACAAAGCAUCAUCAACCUCUCCGACAGGACCGGAGCCUCGCAGGGCGGCAUGACCGUCACGUCGCUCAAGUCCCGGCUGGCCCCCACCAUCCAGACCGCCAUGUCGGCCGCCGUGGACACCCUGCUGGGGGAGGUGGUGCUGGUGCUGAAUGAGACCCAGCAGGAGCUGCUGCACAAGGAGCAGGAGAACGAGAGGCUCAAGGUCCGGCUGGAGGUGUCCGAGCGGGAGCUGAAGACCCUGCAGGAGUGUCUGUGCAGCGCCCAGAAGCUCAUCGACCAGCUGCAGAUCUCCUACAGCGGCCCGCAGGCGGUCAGCCAGUCCGUGUUCGCCCCCUCGCUCUCCUCCAUGUCUUCAAUGUCCUCCGGCUUGGACCGGGACCACCAGAACCCCAGGAACGUGAACGGGGCCGGCGUGGACCUGGGACUCGGCGGGUCAGUGGAUGAGUCUCUUCACGGGUUCGAACCAAGAGAUGAUUACAAGAUGUGCCAGCUGUCGAUCCAGCCUGAUGGCUCAGUGACCAACCACGCUCUGGACUCCUUCACAUCCGGCACAUCUCACAUGUGCUCCGAGUCCAGCAGAGCAGAUGAGCGGCAGACUCAGGCCGGAGCGUCCAGAUUUGAAAUUAAAGAGGAGCAGGGUCUGGUUUCAACCUCCGCUCAGUCCAGCAGGAAGGAGUCCGGCAGGGACGGGGAUCAGUCCUCGCACAACGUCGGAGACCUGAGCUACAGUCAGGUUGGAGGAGAAGGAGGCUCCCAGCGUGCCUUUACUCACCCCCUCCGCCACCAAAGAUCCGUGCGUGACUGCGGCGGCGGCGCCCUGCAGCAGGGCGGACUUGACGGACAGAAGCCGCUGGUGAGGACUUCGGGAGCGGUGCGAGGGGACAGCGUCUCCCCGGGCAGAGCGGAGGACGCGGCGGGGCCGUCUGUCCCCGACACGGCGGCGGAGCCCCCCGGGGACCGGCCUCACCACUGCCUGGAGUGCGGGAAGACCUUCCGCCUCAUCUCCAGCCUGAAGAAGCACAUCCGCAUCCACACGGGGGAGAAGCCCUACCCGUGCGGCGUCUGCGGCCGCCGCUUCCGCGAGUCCGGCGCGCUCAAGACGCACCUGCGCAUCCACACGGGCGAGAAGCCGUACUCCUGCUCCGAGUGCGGGAACUGCUUCCGCCACCUGGACGGCCUGCGCAAGCACCGGCGCACGCACACGGGCGAGAAGCCCUACGUGUGCGCCAUCUGCGGGAAGCGGCUGAGCCGCCUGCAGCACCUCAAGCACCACCAGCUCAUCCACACCGGCGAGCGGCCCUGCUGCUGCCCCUUCUGCAACCGCACCUUCAAGGAGCCCGCCGCGCUGCGGAAGCACGUCCGCACGCACCGGGAGGAGGGCGGCCACAUGGGCAUCGGCCCCGCCGAGGACGCCGACCCCGACGCCAUGGACGACAUCAACAACCUCCACCCGGCGGCGCCGUCCCCUCAGAUGAGGUUUGAGGAGUGGGGGCAGGAGGAGGAGGACAGCUCGGUGGUGGACUGUGUGUAGGAGGAGGAGGAGGAAGAGGAGGCUCCUCCUUUUUCUUUUUAUACAGUCAAACAGACUCCAGGUGGAAGCUGCGGUUUGUCACUGUGACGGUGGAUCAGGUCAAGUUUGUUCCGUGAUGUGAGAAGAAAGAACACAUAAAAUCGCUGCAUUGGAAGUUUGGUUUUUAACUGACAUUUUAAUGCUUUUUUUUAAUUUUUUUUACGUAACUUAAAACAGAAAUCACUGUACAUUCUUCAUAACCGUGCUUCUCCAGGAUCAGACCAUCGAGCAGCAGCAGUGUUAUUCUGCAUUUUGGCACAAGAGGUUUCUAAUUUUCUAAUUCUGAAAUGCAAAAAACUGACUGAAGCAAACCUGAGCUUAAACGUGUAGUGAACACUCUGCUGCUGUGUUUUGGUCUCCAUCUGGGUUUUAGCCUCAGACUGUUUGAUGUGUGGUGAACUAAGAGAUGGGUGUGGUGCUGGCUCAAGCUGCUCUAAUAGAAAUAUUGACAGGGGCUUCGGCUGUUUUUAUCUUCGUAAAGAAAUAAUGUUCACAUUCAUAACACUGCUCUAAACUCUGAACUAUUGGACUGUUCUCAAGGUUCAAACAAGCACAUGGGGAACAUGCAAGCUUAAUGCUUCGUCCUGGAUUAGAUCCUGGUGCGUAAUGUUUCUGUCUCUCAGUUCGACUCAGUAUUGAUCUCUACCGUGCUUCCUGCAUGCCACAGUCUACCUCUCUGUGUUUGUGCGACACUUUAAUCCCCGUUUUCAUGCCAAUUGACUGAAUGGAUUUGUUGCACUGUCCAGUUUAUCUUGAAGUGAUUGGGCAGCGCUGAGCGGUAGAGACGUCCGCACAGACAUCGUCUAAUCAGUGAGUCAGCGUGUCAUUGAAUGAUGGGACAGUCUGAAAUAUCCAGAGAAAAGAUGCACACAUUCUUGGAGAACAUGCAAACUCCCGAAAUAGUUCCAAUGGCUGAGAGGUACAAGGCAUACUACGAUUUUGUGGUAGGUUUAAGUUCAUCACAUUUCUUGUUGAACGAUUUAAUCAUUGCAAAUUCUUGUCAAUUUGCAUUUAAAAAUGAUUUAAUUUAUGCAGGUAUUUGGUAUUGUAUAUAAUCUAUCAAAAAAAAGAAGAGUUGUGGUUUGGUUAAAAUCACAUUCCAGGAUUUUCAAAAAGCACAUUUCGCUGUGUCUCCAUGAAGCCUGAGCCAGUCGGCCGUGCCCCGCAGGUCCCGCUCUGAGCCUCCAUCCCUCACGCAUCUCAAAUGUUCCGUGUGCACGUUUGAUCUUCUCCAUCAAAACAUGGAGGACGUGAACCCACCCCGAGCGUUAACGCCACUCCGCUCCAGCCAUCUGAAUCGAGUCGCAUUCCUCUUUAUUUUCCACGAUGCUCCUGCAGCUGUAGGAAGCCUCUUGUUUACUGGAUCUGGAGCGUUGUUACCAGUCUGCUACUGGCAGACAGACUCUGGUGCUCGCAUGUACAUAUAUGUACCCUCAUGCCGUUUCUGUACAUGAGAAUGUAGUUUUAGCUUUUAUUGUUGUUUUAAUAAGGGUCAAAAUUUUUAGAAAAGCUACUGUCUUUUUUUCUUUUUGGAUAAAAAAAAUAAGCAUUGUUUAAAAACAUCAGUGUGUUUAUAUGUAUAUUUGAUGUGUAUAUAUGAACUCAGCCUGUUUCCUCCUGAUGCUCUGCUGCAGUUGCAGACGAUUCCUCUUCUCAGCCUUACAAACUGAACCGUCUGGUGUCAUUUAACACGUAUAACGAUCUCCAUGUUAAUUGUUCUCUGUAAGUCAUUUUUCCACAGUGUAUUUACCUUUGUACGACUCACCACCGCAAGGUAUUCAUAUUUAUUGUGUGUCUGACACACGGGGGUCUUUGCAUGUAGGUUCCAACUGAAGCAGCAUUUUUUGAGGAGAAAUUAAAUGUAAAAACAUUUACUUUUUUUAUGCUUCUGUGUUUAAAAUGUACUCACAUGGCAGUCAUCCUGUUACCCUCACCUGUAAAUGUUACUAUAAUAAAGGGCCUCGUUUA